UACGCUACAUUUUGGUCAUAAAUAAAAUCUCUUAUUACUCUAAAAUUUUAUGCAAAGUGUUUGCGGAAAUUAUCACAAUUAUUAACCUUUCGAACACUGAAUCCAAAAAAUACAAUCUUAUUGACAGAUAAUACACAUAACUCACUGUUUGGAUUUGUGGAAUUUUUAAACAUAAACACAUCUAUAAUUGUAUAUAUUGUUGGAUUUAUAUGUUCAAGUUGCUCCAAGUCAGUGAGUUUAUGGUUAAGAUAUCAUUUUAGUUAACUGUACUGAACUAUAUUGCAUGUUGUCUUAUUUUAUAGUUGUCGUCGCUUUUUGCCCUUUUUUCUGUGAACUGUUUCCUUUGUUGAUGUUGUUCUCAUUGUUUGUCCGUUAUUUUCUGAUUUUGAGGGGAGCAACCCAAAAAGUUGCUUCUCUCUAAACUUUUACUUAAUGUAAUCAUUCUUUUCUCAGGCGUGAGGCUAGCAACCACACCCUGUAAACAAAGUUGCUACAGAACCUUCAGCAAAAUGAACCUCUUUGCACCAAAAGAAAAAGUCUGUGUAGGAACAUGGAACGUCCGAACUAUGUACGAGACUGGAAAAGCUGCCCAGAUCGCCAACGAGAUGAAAAGAUACGGAAUACAAGUGCUGGGAAUAUGUGAGAGCAGAUGGAAUGGGAGUGGACUCACCAAAUUGUCAACAGGUGAGUCAGUGAUCUACUCCGGUCACCCAGAAGAUAACCACACGCACACCGAGGGCGUGGCUAUCAUGAUGUCACCAACGGCAACGAAAGCCCUGAUACAAUGGGAGGCGAUUUCGUCCAGGAUAAUGACCGCCAGGUUCAACUCCAAAGGAAGGAAAGUGUCAAUCAUACAAUGUUAUGCACCCACAAACAACGCAGACCUCGAGAAGAAAGAAGAAUUCUACAGGCAACUACAGGCAACAAUGGACAAUACUCCAGCUGGCGACAUGAAAAUACUAAUGGGAGACAUGAACGCCAAACUGGGACCAGACAAUACGGGAAGGGAACUCAUCAUGGGUAGAGAAGCUCUAGGAGAAAUGAAUGAAAACGGAGAACUCUUCGCCGACUUCUGCGCCUUCAACGAACUGGUGAUUGGUGGCAGUGUAUACAAGCACAAAGAUAUCCACAAGGCUACAUGGGUGUCACCAGACGGGCAAACCAAAAACCAAAUCGACUUCAUCUCAAUCUCAAGGAAGUGGAGGCGCAGCCUACUGGACACAAAAGCAAGAAGAGGAGCAGACGUUGGCUCAGACCACUAUCUCGUACAAGGGACAAUCCAAAUCAAAUUAAAAGCUUUCAGGGAAUCAGGAGCUGCAGAUAGACCACAAGCCAAGUUCAACACUCAAAAGCUGAAGGACCAGGCUACAAAGGACAUCUUCAUUGCAAGCAUAAAGGACAAAGCCGAGACACAAAUCAACACUAGCGAAGAGGUCGGCGUUGAAAAGCACUGGAACAACUUGAAAACGGUGUGGAGCCAAACCUGCAUAGAAAUUCUAGGCAGAAAAAAGAGACAGGACAAACAGUGGCUCACUACGGACACUUGGAAACUAAUAGAAGAGAGAAGGACAGUGAAGCAAAAGAUUAUCCAGUGCACGACGAGCAACAAAAACAGGAGCUGAAUGCAAGCUACAAUACACUGAACAAAAGAGUGAAGAAAAGUGCCAGGGAAGACAAAAGAAAAUAUUAUGAAACCAUGGCAAACGAAGCAGAACAAGCUGCAGGCAAAGGAGACCUCGCCACACUCUACCAAACAACUAGGAACCUUUCGGGCAAACGUUCGACACAGAUUAAGCCAAUAAAGGACGACAAUGGAAAGUCAAUCACCAAAGAGGUGGAACAGAGAAAGCACUGGGUUGAACACUUCAAAAGACUUCUAAAUCGUCCGCCACCUACAACACGUCCAGCAAUACCAACAACGGAAGCAGAACUACCAGUGAACACUGACCCCCCGACGAAAUCAGAAGUCCUGAAUGCAAUCAAGAUGCUUAAAACUGGGAAAACACCGGGACCAGAUGGAAUCCCAGCAGAGGCUUUGAAAAUAGACCCAGAGACAACAGCGGACUUGAUGACACCACUACUGGAGAAGGUGUGGAAAGAGGGCAAAGUACCCGAGGAUUGGAAGAACAGUUACUUAUUCAAACUUCCAAAGAAAGGAGACUUAAGUCAAUGUAAAAACUGGCGGGGAAUUAUGCUUCUGUCCAUUCCAAGCAAGAUACUAAGUCGCAUCAUCCUGGAGAGAAUCAAA